GUAUACCACGCAGCAUGCUGUGUCGCUGGUUGCUGGGGCAGCGACGACCCGGCCAAUGCCGAUUCGCACAAGCGCUGGGAGUCCUGCUAUGGCUGCGGUGCCGGUUCAAGGGUCGCACAGCAUGCAAAGCUGUGGCUAUGCCGUCUACGCUCCCGCUCCUGGCCCAGUGCAAGCUCCGAGCGUUGCAGUUUCCGCUCCGCCUGCCGCGAAGGUCAUCACGAUCUCUGCGGCAGCAGAGGCCCAGCAGGCCGCUGAGACCGUCACGGCCGGCCCUGGCGAUCAUGCUUUCGUGACGAACCAACUGCAGCAGAAGGACAUCUUGGUGCUGUUCAGCAAGACCUACUGCCCCUUCGUGAAGCAGGCUAAAGAGAUCUUGAACAACCUUCGUCCAAAGCCGGCUAUGCAUGUCAUUGAACUGGACCAGAUGGGCCAGCCCCGACAUGGGCCUAUUCAGCAGGUCUUGCGCAUGCGGUACGGCUCGUCAACUGUUCCGCAGGCGUUCGUGAAUGGAACGCUCAUUGGCGGAUGUCAGGAGAUUUCGAACCUACAAGGCCGAGGCGACUUGUUACCCUUGUUGCAGAAGUUGGGAUGCCGCUUCGUGGCAUGA